CAAAAGUCUAAACAAGAAGCAGAUCCACCAAGCGUCAAAGGUUAUUAAUAGAAGCCGAUUGCAAUCCAGUUAUUACAGGCCCGUACACCAACAAAGAAUAACGAGCCACCAGGGAGAAACCCUCACUCAACCCGCUUCCCCAUCGGGCCCCUCUGCUUUCUAUUGGUUGUUCUGUGCUUUGUGAAACAGCAACACUUUAAAACCCGCAUAGAGUGUUGACGUAACCAAAGGAUGCACCUUCGAUUUUCGCUGCCCGCAUCGCGUUUUCCCUUUUGACAACCCAAGAGUUCUUCCAGCUUCAUCUCCCAAAGUAAAAAAAUAAUAAUGUCUACCGUAAGUUCAUUUAAUUGUCAAAUCUCUUCCCAUUCCACGGUGAACCUGUUUCUUUUCCAUACUUGCUUUUAUGGCGGGUGGGAGGGGCGUAAUCACUUUAGAAAGAGAGAAAGGGAGCGAGCGAGCAAUUCCACGAUGGCUGUUAUCUUCUCUUCUUGUUUGCCGGCAAAAAUGAGGCAGAGAAACUUAACAUAUCAUACGAUAUGCUAUUCUCGUUACAUUUCUCUUCUGUCAAGAAAAAAUGAAACGACGUUCAUCGCACAUUCUUUACGCCACUGCGCGUGUAAAGCAAACGACCUUUUUUUGUCGAGCCUGGUGACAUCCGUUGGUCGAAUUGGCGACCAAAAACUCAUCCGAGCCCUCCAUCUGGUUCUUUUCGUGAAACAUGUCGUUCAUCGAUAUGCUUUCCUAGCCUCUCGCGCGCUCUUUUUUUCUCUCUUUCUUCUUGCACCUCUUCUUGACUCGAGAGCUUUUUGUCCCGUGUUCUCCAACGACCCAGACCCUCCUUGGUGCUAACCCAAAUGUUUGUACUUAGGAACGCGAAAACAACGUCUACAUGGCCAAGUUGGCCGAACAAGCCGAGCGUUACGAUGGUAUGC